CAUCCAUGGAAGAUGCAUGCAUGCAUACAUACAUAUAUAAUUAUUUUGUUAAUUGCUACAAUGAUUGUCUUUCCGAUUCUUUUUAUAUGGAUAAUCGCAGUAAUAAUAAAAAAGUUAAAAAGAGGAGCACAAAUCUUGGUCGCGGACAGCACAGCUUUAUAAGCCUGCCUUAGAAUCGUAUAUCGAACUACAAGUCUUUAAAUUUAUUACAGGGAAAAGCAAGAAAGCAGAACUAGAACAAGAUGGUAGGAUUUUCUUCCCAAACAGAAUCUUGGGUUGCCACCAGAAACUCAAUCUACGAAUCCCAGAAAGAGGCAGAUAGCUUCGAAUUGGAUCUAAAACGUCUAGAUUUGAUAAAGAUAGAUCAAGAAGACGAGGAUAAUAAUAUUAACAACCAAGAUAAGAUUAGCACCACCAAGAAGAAUAAGAAGAAAAAUCAGGUGUUGCUGGAGGGGUACGUGGAGGCGGUUGAUGAGGAGGAUGAACUGAAGAGGACAAAGAGCUUGACCGAUGAUGAUCUAGACGAACUAAAGGGGUGUUUAGAUCUGGGGUUUGGCUUCAGCUACGAGGAGAUUCCUGAGCUUUGCAACACCUUGCCUGCACUUGAGCUAUGUUACUCUAUGUCUCAGAAGUACUUGGAUGACCACCAGCACCAUGCAUCUCCAGACACCACCGCUACCCCCGAACCCGUCGCCAAUUGGAAGAUCUCUAGUCCUGGUGACCAUCCAGAAGAUGUUAAAGCAAGGCUUAAAUUCUGGGCACAAGCUGUGGCCUGCACUGUCAAACUGUGCAACUAAAAGAUUUAUGAACAAUCAUUGGAAAAAUGAGAAUGAAUAUUUUUCUCAGUGAUGAGCAUCAACUGGAUAAAACUCUACGCUCUGCCGAACCAUGCCAUGGUGGGGAUGACAUUUCCAGCAAUUGUGGGAAAUAGACCAGGCCAAAAUUUUAAAAAUGGAUCAGCUGCAAGGAGCAUGGGAAGAAGUUGGAAAGGAAGAUGUUACAGGUUUGAGAUUAACCGAUGAUCCAAUGAGUCUUGACUUAAUUCUGCGGAGACUAGGAUGUAUAUGAUAUAUUAAUUGUAUCCCGUAUGCUAUGAAUAAAAUAUGUCUUCUUACUGCUACUAUGCUUCAUUGGUGUUUGAUAUAUAUAUAUAUAUAUAUAUGGCUAUGGAAUCCAACCGUCUGUUGGCUUUGCAUGCAGUGGUGAGAGUCUCCAGUUGAGCUUCACCAACUAGUUCCGGACCUCUGCAUUUGCUGAGGUAACUAAUCUAAUUGUGUUGAUUCAUCAUACCUGUGUUUCCUCUCACCAUGAUUAUUGUGGCGGUACCUAGCUAACCAAUGCCGCAGCAUGGAACCACUGAUACUUGAGCUUUGCUAAGAAUAAACUGACCAUUUUAUGGCCAUAGAUGAAUAUAGGGCGAACACGUAUGUUCAUCGCUUCUACUCCUAUUCUAUCUAUGCCUAAUGCCUUGAAUUUUGAGGUAAAUUGAUACUUAUAACCAGUAUGAAUCUUGGUGGGAGUUGUUAGGGUUUUCUUUCUCACGGAACGGAAGGCUGCAAAUUACACGUAUUCCACUGAGAUGACUCGUCUUUGCAUAUGUUAAUGUGGUGUUGAAGGUUACGUUUUGGUAUCAGUUUCAUUUUUUGGUUGAGAUAGGAAGAAAAAAACUUAUCUGAUACUCAAUAGGCCACAGCCUAGUUUGAAACAAUAAGAGAAGGGACGAAAACUCGGAUUGGAUUUCCGUUAUUAGUAAAAGAGGCUUUGAGUUGAAAUAUCAAAA